UCGUCCAAUAGGAACGGAGAAAACGGUGCCGAGUCGGGACUUGACAGCUGCGCAGAUGUGUGAGGAGGAGAAGAAGAAGGAGAAGAAGGAGAAGACGACAGGUUUUAUCGACAGAGGAACCGAAGUUGGGGAGGAAGUCACGAACUGUACCGGUGAAGAUGUCAUUUGCCAGUGACAAACUCUACAAUGGAUACCUGCGGCGGAGAAUGCCGGCCAUUGUGUCCAAGGUGAAGGUGAAGGAGAUCAUCGUCCACCUGCCUUGUUUGACCAGUCACGACAGGGAAAAUAUAGAGGCCAAACGAGAGACGUAUGGGAACUAUGACGGCAUGGUGCUUCUGCUGGACUGUCUGAAGAGGAGGGAGAACUGGCCGGAGCAGUUCAUCGAAGCGCUCGAAGAGUGUGAGCAAACGACCAUCGCGGCCGAGAUCCGAGCUGAGUACGACGCCCUGAGAGGAGUGAACAAUUCCAACCCCGGCUCCCCUUCAACAACCGUCAUCAGGGCUCACGUCCACCCAGAACCAUCUGCCGGUCAUCUGUCCGUUCCAGAGAGCGGCGGCGCUGCUGCUGCUGCUGCUGCUGCUCCGCCAGCUGAAGCCUCAGCUCCCCCAGAGCCAGCUGCUCCGACCACACCCCCUCUGGAAACGCCUGUGCAUCCUCAAGCCCAGCAGCCCAGCUCGCCAGAGGCCGUCCCUGAGCCUCCGCAGUCAGCUCAGACCGAAGUGGUACCCCCUCCGUCAACACCUCCGCCUUCCCCCGAGGCCCCACACACUCCGGCCAGCUCAGCGCACAGGGAGGUUAAAACUCACCAGGAGCCCGAGGAGAACUCUGAAUCGGACAUCCAGGAAGUCUCAGAUGAUAACGAUGUGAUUCCCGAUCAAGUGGACGCAGUGGCGACUCCUCCCUUGUCCCGUCAGGGUGACAAAGACACUCAGCCUGAUCCCCUCCCAACAACAGAGACCACAGAGGUCAGUCCACCGCAGGGUCUGUCUCCGACUCAGGCGAACUCGGAUGACACCGACGGAUCCUCUUUCCUCACGCUGACCCAGGAGAAGCCUCCAGUGCAGGACACCGCCCCCCCUGUGGACACAAUACCUGCUGUGGUCCCGGAGCCUGAAGAGACGGCCGAGCCUCCGACAGCACAGGUUGUUGAAAGCGACCCACAGACGGACACGGCAGCUACAGCCUCCCCCUCGCCCAACGCUGACGGGGGGGGCGCCUUCUCCUUUGACGACUUGUGUCUGAGCAAACCCGACCAGCUCAUCAGCUUCCAGCCACAGAACCACGACAGCCCCACUCUCCCUGCACACGACCUGCCGGCGGAGCCCUACUCGGGUGACAGUCAGCGUCUGGAGAUGAGCGACGCGGCGCCGGAUGAUGUAACCUCUGCCCACGCCCCUGCUCCAUGCUCUGCUGUCUCCUCCUCCUCCACCUUCAUGACAACAGUCUCUGCACUGCCCUGCCAGGAGAACGGCGUUGCAUUUAACCACGACGAACCGGAGGAGAACGAGUACGAGUCUCCCUGUCCGAGUUUGGAAGGGCAGGAGGUGCAGGUGCAUGUGGUGCGAGUGUCCGAGGAGCCGUCCAUCCUGAACCUGGAAGGUCAAAUCUCAGCGUCGCACGCUCCCGUCUUCAACGGGGAAGCAGACGGAAAGAUCGCUCCUUCCCCGCCGUCCUCUACUGACAAGCCCCCCUCCCAAACCGCUGAUAUCACCGCGCCGGCUCUGACAACACUGCCUGACUCCGAGGAGAAGAAGACGACGGCCCCGCGCGCCACGCCGUCAAACACAAAGUACAUCCUGACUGCGGUGGGAGUGGGCGCCUGCGCUCUUCUGAUGGCGUGGAAGUUUAAGCAUUAGAGAGGAUUUAAUACCUUUUUAAAGGAAGAGCAGAUUAGGGCUUUAAGGCUUUUGAAAAAGGAUCUUAAAAAGAGCACGGUGCCUUAUAUGUAGUCACUGGACUGGGCUGGCGUGAGGCAGCUGUUUAAUAAUUAUCUACUGUACAGUAAUAAUAGCUGCUAGACCUUUGAUCAUGUCAUUUAUAAAGUCUGUGGUUUAAGUUGGACUGUGUUUAAUCAUGUUAAUGCUGAAUGAUUAUGAGCUCGGUGAGCAAAAACCAAACGUACCCUUCUUCUUAUUCGAGUUACAGAAGAUCAUGGAGUUGCCUGGGUUCAGAGUAUUAAUGAUGCCAGUGUCAGCUGGCCGCACCUUUACGACCCUCAAAGGAGAAACCGUGUCGAUGAUGGAUUGAUGGAUGGAUGUUUGCUUUGCAGAUUGCGGCUGUGUGUUAAUGACACAAAUGUUAGUAUGUAUGUAUGUUCAUUUGUCUGAUAAGCACUUUGUUGAUAAGGCUGUUGGCCGUCGUCCAGCGACGAUCAGUGCACCGGGGACUGGAGUUUCACUGAAUCAAGCAUCAGAGGCAUUUUCUUUUAUGCUGAUAGUGGGGGAAAUGGGGGUGAAAGUGAUGGGUUGUGCACUGUCUCUAUUUAUUUGUACAUAUAUAGUAUAAACACACAGCAAAAAGUAUAUCAUUAUGUAUUUUAAGAGUUGAAAAAUGUUAAAAAUAUUCUAAAGCGUCUCUCAGAUAUUCACUCAGAGAAUCAUUACUUUUUCAAAUGUUUCCAGUUGAUAAUCGAGACCAGUUGUUUUUUUUUAAAACAUCUCUAACAUCCAUGGCAACUCGUCUGUGUCUGAGACAGAAUGUGUGUUGUGUUACUAUGAAGAUUGGCAACUGCUGCAUUAGAUGUAUAUUUAACUGGGUUUUUAAAAUGUUUUAUUUUAAUGGUUAUUUUGAUGUUUUAAAGGGUAACAUAAAAAUGUCCAAUUCUUUUAAUGGUAAAUGGACUUUAUUUAUAAUUUUAUUGACUACCCAAAGCGCUUUACAGAAGAAGUCACACACACACACACACACACACACACACACACACAUCCAUCAGGGCAGUUUCAUGGUCAAACCUCUUGCCCAAGGACACUUCUGUGGACUGGAAGAGUCGGGGAUCGAACCCUCGACCUUUUGGUGAAAUGACCCGCACCAAAUGUUGAGCCACAGCCAACCCGAUGAGACAUUAUUCAAAACAGCCCAUAUAAAAUUGAUGGAAGCGUAUGUUGCUGCAUGUAUGGCAGGUGAUUUAUCAGCCCCUGGUCUAGACGACAAAUGUUAUGCUUUCAUCUGGUGUAAAUGUUUCAGACGACAUUUUUAUUUUUUCCAUGUGUUUUCUUCCUUGAGCAUAGUUUGACUGUGUUAUUGUUGUUCUGUGAGGUGAGAGAGUUUAUUGUAAAUAGCUCUGUUAAUACAAGAAAGAAGAAGAAGAUUGAUUUAGAGGGGUUUGCACAUUUUGACAGGAUUUUUGAGCUGCAGAAACAUAGAUGAAAUUUUUAAUGUCGGUAUCAUACACAUGGUAAAGUGUUGAUUGUAAUCUCAGAUUUUAAGUUUAAUACAAAUUAGUUUGCACUGUUUUAAACUAUGCCCUUCAGCAAUCACACGAAUAAACCUUGAAAAUAUAAACUA